AUGUCAAAUUUUUAUGGUCACUUGAGAGCAUCGGGAUAUGUGAUUCUCCAAAAACUACAUGUGAGGAAGAAGCCGUCCAGCACUUUAACAAGACUGUCCAAAUACAGUGAAGGAAGGUAUCAGGUCAAGUGGCCGUGGAUAGAGUAUCCACCAAAAUUGCCUACUAACUUUGGACUUGCCUUUGGAAGAUUAAAGGGUGUAAUACGAAGAUCAAAUAAAGAAGUCAUGACAGAGUAUGAGAAAAUCUUAAACGAACAACUUGAAGCUACCAUAAUAGAAAUUGUGGAUCCUACCAUUCCUGCUGACCAUCCAGUUCACUAUCUACCUUUUCAUAUGGUUCAACAGAAGGGAAAAAGGGGUCGGCUGGUUUACGAUGCUUCAGCUAAGCUGAAAAACGAGAAAAGCUUGAAUGAGUGCUUAUACAGAGGUCCGAAUAUGCUGGAAGACCUUACAGGUUUAAUACUGAAAUUUAGAAUUGGGAAAAUUGCUAUCACUGCUGAUGUUGAAAAGGCUUUUCUUCAGGUUGGUUUACAAGAAGAGGACAGGGAUGUGACCAGGUUUCUCUGGGUCAAAGAUUUAGAAAAGGAACUAUCUGAAGACAAUAUCAUGCAAUAUAGGUUCUGCAGAGUGCCCUUUGGAGUAAUAUCGAGCCCUUUCCUCUUAGCGGCAACAAUUCGAUAUCACAUUUCAAAGACUAACAAAAGUCUUCUUCCUGUGAUAGCAGAUAAAUGUUAUGUAGACAAUUUAGUGACGUCCGUUCAAUCAAGAGAAGAGGCUCUCAAUUUGUAUGCUCAAACUACAAACUCAUUUAAAGAAUUAGGAAUGAACAUACGAGACUGGAUGUCUAACGACAAAGAUUUUGUAGACAAGAUUCCCAAACUAAAGAGAGCAAAACAGGAAAGUGAAAUGAAGAUCCUCGGUUUGAUAUGGAAUUUGGAAAAUGACACUUUACGGCUCAAACUGAAUAACGAAACUUUUGAGAGUGAGAUCACAGACAGAGGUAUUACAAAGAAAGGAGUCCUGAGAGUGCUAGCACGUCUGUAUGAUCCAUGCGGGUUUGUAUCACCACUCAUGCUACCAGGAAAACUCUUGUUUCAGGAGAUCUGCACUAGGAAGUUAAAAUGGGACGAGAUUCUGCCUGAAGACUUGUUGACAUCAUGGAGGAACAUAAUUGAGAAUUUAAAAGUGGUUAAGAACGUAGAAUUGCCAAGACAUGUUGCAAGUGGAUCAAAGUCGGAAUGUACGGAGUAUGAACUACAUUGCUUUACUGACGCAUCUAUGGAUGCAUAUGCAGCAGUCGUUUAUCUACGCGUCAUAACUGGAAAGCAAGUAUCAACUUCGUUUCUCAUGUCCAAAUCCAGAAUAACUCCAGCAGAAGACAAGAGUGAUCUCAAAAUUCCUAGACUUGAAUUGCUAGGGUAUCUCAUAGGAAGUAGACUUCUGAGAUAUGUUAAAAGCCACAUAGACCUAAAUAUAUGCAAGAUAUAUUUGUGGACGGAUAGUCAAGUUGUUAUUGCUUGGAUCAAAUCAAGUAGGCUACUUCCACCAUUUGUAUUGAGAAGAGUCAAUGAGAUCAAGCAAAUUAAGGACAUCUUGGGUGCAGAGCUGCGCUAUGUCAACUCAAAAGAAAACCCUGCAGACGUAGCUACCAGGCCAGAAUUGUGGCAUCAUAGACAGGAUCUAUGGCUCCAUGGUCCAGAUUUUCUUCUACAAGACCAAAAUGAUUGGCCUAAGGAGCAGAGGUAUGAAGAAAUGUGCUUGGCUGGGAGGGCUCUGGACACGGUGGAUGGUCCAGAGAUGACAAUGAAAGGCUAUGAAGACCAAGAUAAUGAUCCUAACUUUUCUGAAAUGGAGGAUAAUUCUGCAGCCACUGCACUUCAUGAUUCUGUGCAAAACCCAUCUGAUGAAGAAAAGUGUGAAGAGACAGUGACUGAGAUAAAGAAGUUACAAGGUAAAUUCUUUUCAGAAGAAGUCUCAGGAAAGGUGACCAGUUUGUCACGAAACUUGGGUCUCUUUGUAGACGAAGAUGGGAUCUUAAGAUGUAAAGGAAGGUUCGCGAAUGCUAAUUUAUCAUAUGAUAAGAGAUAUCCCAUUCUGAUUCCGAAGAAAUCACCCUUCACAACCCAGAUUAUACUAAAAACGCAUAGAGACAACUACCAUGUUGGGGUCCCACACACGCUAAGUAUAUUACGCGAAAAGUAUUGGAUCCCUCACGGGCGAGCUCAAGUACAGAAAGCUUUGAAGAGAUGUUUGCAGUGUGAGAAGUAUUCUGGAGGUCCUUACAAACUGCCACCACCACCUGCACUCCCCAGUGAAAGGGUUAAUUAUAGUUCUCCAUUUACCUUUACUGGAUUAGACUACCUGGGUCCGGUAUUAGUGGAAACUAAUACAGGCAGAGAAAAACGAUGGAUUUGUCUUAUGACAUGUCUAGCAGUUCGUGCUGUACAUUUGGAGUUGGUCAAGGCUUUGACGGCUGAGGAGUGCUUGCUAGCGAUACGGCGGUUCGUGGCGGCUAGAGGACCACCUAAAGUAUUGAUAUCGGACAAUGCACUACAGUUUCAAGCUGACAAGUGA